GCAGCAGUGCUCCUGAGGCUACACUAGGGGCGGAGUUUGACCUCUCAAGUCUCAAAACAUCACUAAUCCGCGUCGGACAUUCUGGCACAGGCCAUCACUGGCCCCGUUUGUACAGAGAGAAAAAAGGGGCGAUUUUCCACCGAAAUAACACUGUCCCGCCCGGGUGUGUGUGGCAGCAAACAGCGGCUCUUGCUGCCGCCUGUUUGCGUGUCGGAGGGAUUGCUGCACUAUGACAGAUAGUGCGUUACAUGCGCCUGGACAUAUCUGCAGUGUUUUCUCGCCAGUUUGAUUUGGAGGAUUCCGGGAAAGUGUCGGGACAGCUGGACCGCCCUGCGCCUUCAUUGUAGGCAAUCAAGUAUCCGCGUCCCUUUAAGAUUCUGUCCAGUUGCCAUUCAAUGUCCAGUAGCACGUGGCUUUGGGUGCCCCGUGGCUGAUCCUGACCAUGCUUUCCACUAACCGCUCCGGAGGUGCGUGGGGAUGAAAUGGAUGGAGCCCAUGGCCAGACCAGCGCACCAGCUCCCUCCUCCCAGCAUGUCCAGCCGCAGCAAGUCUCCCCCCAACUCUGGAGAAGUUGCAGGCUCUAACUCCAUGGCAUGGGUGAAGAUGUUCAAAAAACCUGGAGGAGGCCUGAAGAAAUCCUACCAGCCUGGGAGCAUGCUGUCUCUCGCACUCACCAAAGGCCUGCUGAACGAGCCCGGGCAGAACAGCUGCUUCCUGAACAGCGCUGUUCAGGUGCUUUGGCAGCUGGACAUCUUCAGGAGAAGUUUGAGGCAGCUCUCAGGUCACUUCUGUCUCGGUGAUUCCUGCAUCUUCUGUGCUUUAAAGAGCAUCUUCAGCCAGUUCCAGCAGAGCAGAGAGCGAGUGCUUCCCUCCGACAGCCUGCGUAACGCCCUCGCUGAAACUUUUAAGGAUGAGCAACGCUUCCAGCUAGGCCUGAUGGAUGAUGCUGCCGAGUGCUUUGAGAACAUCCUGGAGCGAAUUCAUUUACACAUUGUUUCUGACACUGCGACUGAUGCUUGUUCGUCCAAAUCCUGCAUCACCCAUCAGAAGUUUGCAAUGAUGCUUUAUGAACAGUUUGUGUGCCGCUGCUGUGGAGCGUCUUCAGACCCACACCCAUUCACAGAACUCGUACAUUAUGUCUCAACCACCGCUUUAUGCCAACAGGUUGAUCGCAUGUUGGGGAAGAACGAGCGGCUCAGGUCGGACAUGUUUGGAGAAUUGCUGCAGGCAGCAAACAACACAGGUGACCUCCGAAGCUGCCCGAGCAACUGUGGUCAGAGCAUCAAGAUCCGCCGUGUCCUCAUGAACUGUCCGGAGAUCGUCACUAUUGGAUUCGUUUGGGAUGCUGAGCAGUCGGAUCUUACGGACGAAGUCAUUCGGUCACUCGGUCCUCGUUUGAACCUGUGUGGGCUUUUCAACCGUGUCACUGAUGAAAAUGCCAAACGAGCUGAGCUUCAUCUGGUGGGGAUGAUCUGUUUUUCGAGUAAACAUUACUCAGCCUUCGCCUAUCACACCAAAUCUUCAAAAUGGAUGUUUUUCGAUGAUGCCACUGUAAAGGAGAUUGGAUCCAAAUGGAAAGAUGUUGCCUCUAAAUGCAUCAGGGGACAUUUCCAGCCACUUCUUUUAUUUUACACCAAUCCUGAGGGGUCUCCAGUGUCUAACGAAGACGCACCGAGACAAACCACCAUGUGUCCUCGCUACAAAGCCCAAAUAAAUGGUGACGUGACCGUGAAACAUCCCCUUGGCAGUCCUAACAAAUUCCAGGAACCUUUCAUGGAGAAUUUGCAGAGGCCAAGUGAAACCUCCAAAAAGGAUCGAGGGCAUCGGAAAAUGGACCCAUCACAACAUAAAGAGAUGCCACACGCAAGAUCUUCGUCUCCUUCAGAGAAUGGGCCGAGGCCUCAUGUGGACCAGAAAUCAAAAAGCUAUCCGCGCACGGAGAAGUCCUCAAACCAUCUAAGCAGAGGGUCUCAGGAGCCACGUGGACAGACGCUGGGUACGCAGGGUGGCGGACACAGCCGGAGGAACAACUCUUCCCCGAGUCGCUAUGAUCAGGACAGCUGCCAGGAGCAAUGGGAAAAAGGUGGAAGUGACGGAAGCCGCAAUAAAUCCAAGUCCACUUGGAGACCCAUCCGCGAGGUGUUGAAUGUGGACACUGUGCUGAAUGAACUGGAGCAGCGGCGUCAGCAGCAACACGACAGCCCGCGGCACAGUAAGCCUUCGUCCCAGGAAAGAGUGCACGCUGAACAAAGCCGAGAGCGCGAGCGGGAAUACUUACGCACCCGAGAAGACAGGAAGCAGAAGUGUUUAAUGACCAUUUAUGAGGACGAGCAGCGGCACGAGACGGAGAGUCACAGCUCUGUAGAGUCAGAGAGCAGGACCAACCAACACAGGGGCGGCAGACUCAAGGGGGGCCCCAAGACGCUGCUGCGUAGCGACACCUGGACCAUCCAAAGGACAGAGUCUGGCUAUGAGAGCAGCGAUAGACUCAGCAGUGGCUCCACCAAUCCCGACUCACCUGGCGUCGAUGGAUUUGUUGUUAGAGACCAGAGAUCGACUCAAGAGGCACAGCUGCAAAGUCUGCUGCACCAAAAAGGAGGUGAUGCCAAAUCAAGUCUACCGUCCUCACCUUCACACAAUGGUAAACAUCAACCCAAACCUCAGGGAAAGAACCAUGAUCAAGUUUCACAUUCACAUCUAAAGUGCAGUCCAAGUUCGAGACGGAAAUCAAAGUACACUUCUAGUACCUCCAGAAAAGCCUCAGAGAGAGACUCCGCUGGUUCAGAUAACAGGCAGAGUGAGCAGCAGGAUCUGACAAACUGUAGAGGGCACGCUGGAGAAAGUACAGCCCUGAGGCACAUUACAAAAACCAGCAGCUCAGAGUGGAACAGCUCAGACGAUCUCGCUCUCUCUGAGCCUGAGGAUAGAGAAAACACUUACCGCCCCGGCAACAACGAGGCCGUUGCCUCUGAACCCCAGUGUCCUCACAUGACCCUGCCGUACCACCCUCCCAGCAAUGUGACAGCAGAACCCCUCCAACUGAACAAUCAGCGUCAGCUCGGCACCACGGGAUCUCCUCACCUCCGACCCACCCAGCGGAUCUCUCCUCACCAGGGCGAGACGAGCCACGCCGUGUUCCGCCCGAGGAUGCUUCAAGAACCCUUUCCAUCGAGUCCUCGUCUUUCAUCCACGUCCUUCGUCAGUCCUCACAGGAGGCCUGACAUUUCAGGCCUAAGAACCUUCUCAGAUGCAAGCUCCAAGUCGGGCUCCGACCCGGAGAGGAGCACCCCGUCGUCGUGUGAAAGUGAGGAAAGACUGACUGGAUGCAGAGUGGAACAGCCGGCGCCGGCUCAAGAGGUUUCUCUGACAACAUACUUCACUGUGGAUAACUGCAUGACGGAAACAUACCGUCUCAAGUACCACAACCAGAGGCCUCUUGUCCUCUCUGCCACGGUGCCACGGACAGUGGUUGUGACUGAGCGCAGAGAUACCAGCCACACACUCCCCACUGACACAUACUCACAAGAUGUGCCAAAAGCCAGACCUGAAACAAGCCAUAAUAGCAAUAAACCCACUGCAAAAUGGAACCAAGUGACAGCCAAAGGACUGGAUGAACGUGGUUUUUUAUGAGUGUUACUCGGUAAGGUUUGUUUACAUGGAUGGACAGUGGUCAGUAGAGUACUAACUGGAUGCCAAAGAGUUUACAGAAUGGAAAAAUGUCCUGAAGCGCGACAUCUCCAAAUUAAGUGGAAUUUAUUUAUGCAAGCUUGUCACAUAAGUAAAAACCUAUUUCUAAAUGCUGUUGCGUAAUGUUGAUGAAUGAUCAACUAUCACGUAUACUGUACCGUCUUCCAUUGUCCCGCAGUAUUGCUGCAAGAAGAUUUUGUUUUAACCAAAAUCUGAACUGUUUUCAGUUUGCACAAAGGGUUCUUGAGUCUUUAUUAUUCUUUAUAGUCACCUUAUGUCAAGUUUGAAAUGUUUAUUUUUUAAUUGUGCAAUAGUUAUGCAGUCGUGCUGCAGAAUUGAUACCAAUAUAUGAUAGUGAGCCACAGUUAGGCUCUUUAUAUUGUGGUCUGUACAGUAAUUAUACAAAGAUGAAGUAAGGGAAUGUGGUGACAGAUCACAGCACGUUAACGGGAAAAAAUAUGAUACUUUAUGAGAAUAUGAUGUCAUUCUACACAAAAUAAAACCUACAGGUCGAAGGUUAGCAGCAGGUUUAAGGUAGUUCACUCAUCUACACCAGUCAAAGGAGUAAUAACUGGGCAGCUUACUGACUUUAUGCACAUCGAGGGCUUUCGGUCCCCAGGGAACAGACAUUGCAACACUUGCGUAUAUUCAGUUACUGAUUUGUUUCAGCUGUUAUCACUUAUCAGUUAUUUUACAACAUUUAUGUGUUAAUGAAUGACUGAGGGCUGCCCCGUACCAGUCAGCUUCUUUGGCUGUAAAAGUCUGUGGACAAAGAUUCUUCCGCCAUUCGUUAAUAUGUAUAGACCUUAGAGAGUGUUGAAUUUCCUACUAAUCCUACAAUUUGUUGGCCAUGAUGUUGUGUGUUUCGGGCAGCCCUCAUGUUAUUCAGCAGGUCUCUAUAUACAGUAUGGCCAUCACCUAGUGUAUUCUACCUUCGAUUGUGCUGGUUCUUGUAAUCCCUUUUUGUAAUUCACAGUGAUGUCAAAUUGUAUUUUUUCAGUCUUCCUUUUAAAGUAGACAGAUUUAAACAGGUCUGUAUUUGCAGGUAUUUUCAUAAUGAUGCCAAUAUAAUUAAUAUGCCUAUCUGAUAUUGACCGUACAACACAACAAUUAUUCUUGUUCAGAAGACUAACGUUCUGAAACCUGCAUGUGGCCUUUACAAAGUCUUACUAGCUGUGUGUACAGCAUACGCAUGAGCAUGAUAAUACUGGACGUUCGGUCCGACAAACUUAAAUUCUAGUAGAUUUUAAUUAAUUGUAGUAAAUCAAUUAAUUAAAUAACAAUUUGUAACUACAGUUGGAAGUUUUUAACACUUGAAUGUUGUUUGCUUCUCUUGCUCAUGCAGUGACGCAUACUUUUAGUUAUGCAUCCAUUGUAAAUAUAAACAUAUGAUGCAAACAAUACGCUGACUGUCCAAGACAUACUAUGCAUUCACUAAAAAUGACUUUAACGUUACUUUAAAAGCAGAUUUUGGCAUUUUUAAAGCUUAGUAUUCUGUACAUCCAACAUUCCCAAAAACACAGAAAAUCAGUGUUAAAUAUUGAUAUCAAUUUUCUUUUUGUGCUCACUAGAUUACCAAGUCUUUUCCUAAACAUCCUGCCAUUUUUUGCGUACUUUUUCAUUAUGUAUUUUUGUCUAUCAAGAGUAGCCUCCCAACUAUUCUAACCGCACACAUUUAGGCACUGAAUUUGCUGUGUUUGUGUGUGUCGUGUUUGUGCCGUCUGACACUAAAGGAUGGUGUAUGUGUGCGAGUGUGUAAUCACUAAACUUGUAAUUUGAGCAUCUACUUGCAUUUGUCAUGGAUUUAUUUAUUGACAAAGUUUAAAUUCAAGAAAACGAAGGCAUUCAGUGUAACUGAGCUAUUAAAAAUUGCUGUAAUUGACCAGCCUGAUCUUCCAAAUAAUAUAAGGAUGCCUUCACACAAGGUUAAAUCACUUUUACUGUUAUUAUAAGAUACCUAAUAUAUUCACUGGACAAAAAAAACAACCUUUUAAUUAGAUGAAGCUCAGAUGGAGUAUAUUAAUCAUCUUAUAUUAAUGUUGUCUCACCUGCAAAGUGUUUUUUUUUGUGGUUUCUUAUGUGACUCAUGAUUACAAUAUUUUUCCUGUUAUUUAAUUAUUUUCUUCAUCUGUAAAAAUAUGAUUUGGUUUCACACACGUAAUUUACAUGUUGAAUUUUGUGUCUUCAGUUGUAUCAAGAGUGCCUUGACAUUUUUCAGUGGGUCAUGUUAUUUGUGAGUGAAACCACAGUUGAGGUGAUGAGUGAAAGAGACGGAGGAUGUCAUGCAAAACUUUUUAAAUAUGCAAUGCUAAUAGUGACAUAUCUGAUGACACGCCUCUGUGUGCACCAUUGAACUUUGUGUGUGUGUGUUUGUGUGUGUGAGUGAGUGAUGAGGAAGAGAUUUGUGCCAGCUAUAAUAUUCCUAAAAGCCCUUUCAGACUCAGAAGCUACAACAAAAGCAGCAAAUUCACUGUUCACUCUGCGUCCAGCUGCAAAAGUUUGACAUGUUCAAUUUCAGCAGCAGAAAAUGGGAAAAUCUGAUCUUCCCAGUUUGAAAGAACCUCAAUGUGUAAUUGAAAUGUUACUUGGGUUAUUAAAUGUGUGUGCAUGCCUGUGUGUCUGUUUAUGAAGCUGAUAGUUGGUUUUCCUCUUGAACCCAUGCUCCAUCAGUCACAGUAAGGCUUUAAUACUCCAGGGGCCUGUUUCACAAAAGGGUCUUUUUGUCCUGUGUCACAUUACGUCACAGUUGGCAUUGCAUCAAUCCAUAUCUUUUAUCUUGUGUUAAAUAUAUGGAGAUGGAACCCAAUUUGACUGUAUUGCAUCAACACCCAAGAACAAAGGAGAACUUUCCCCUGUUAUGUCACUGAUUUUAUCUGAUAAGUUGCUGGCUGAUGUGGCCUGAUGUGUUGGAAGUGUAUGUCUCACUGAAUCCUGUUGUCAUACCUCUGUGUGCGGUUAGGAUUCGGCCUGACAUUACUGUUGAGUUGUCGGUGCUUCAGUGAAUGCUUCAUGACUUGUGUAAGUACAGAUCAAUUUAAAGAAACAUAUAAAAUCUGUCUACAAUUUAUAUUUUUGUAGAUAAUAUAUAUUUAUUUUUAUUCAUUGUUGAAUAAAGUUUAAAUUAUUGUAUCACUCUCAAA